AUGUCUAUUACUGGAUUCCUUGAUCUUUCCGAGGAUUUACACCUUUAUCUUUGUCAAAGCCUCUACCCACGGCAUAUCAACAAUGUUGCCAGAACAUGCAAGCUAUCAUACCACCGUUUGAGCCUAGAACUAUGGAAGCGAGGAACUGUGACGGCCGUCUCCAAAGAUGACAUACUUUACCACGCCGUUUCGAGGGGCAAUCGGGGUCUUUUACAAAAAUUGGAUGAUGAAUAUAAGCUUGACUUCAAGCAUCACAGUGCGCAAAAUGCGAUAGAUGCAGCAGCGUACAGAACUAAUCCGACUAGGAGCAGAUUUCAACAAACUCCAACCGAUGAAGCAUCAUACAACGAACACGCCUUUCUGCUAAAGUUUUACGAGUAG